GUAAUGCUCCCUCUGCCCCUACGCUUCUUCUUCUUCUUCCCCUGUUUUACUCAAGCACCUUCACUUCCUCUGUUUCUUCUUCUAAGCAAAGCAGCCAUCACAAUUCACAUCCAAGGCAUGGAUUGUCCAAGCUUCAGUUACGACCAAGUCAUCAAUGGAUGCUUUCGGUUCCAUCCUUACCUUCUGCCGCCUUAAUGAUCUCCAGCAGAGCUUUGUUGUAUGGAAUUUCGCAUCUCGUCCAUUAACUUCUCGGUGAGUUGGCUGGGGGUAGCGCGCCCCUGCUUGGGGUUAGGGGCAAAGCCUCGGAAUUUUUUUUGGGGGGGUGUCCAUACGGUUCGAUUUUGGUUUUUGGGCGGAUUUUGGCUGUUGGCGAAUCUGGACGUGGUUUGCUUUUGGUUCGAGUUUGAUUCGUGAUUUGUUGGAUUGUUGCUUGGCUCGGUAUUGGCAGGAAGCAAAGGAAUUGGGUACCGGAGAUGAAUUAGCCCUUUUAUAUAACUCGGGCUGGCGGGCUACAAAUUGAUUUCAAAAGAAGAAAAAGAAAAGAAAAAAAAAACUGCGCCAUCCUUCAAUGUGUCUCGUAACAGUUUACUACCAAAAAGGAGUCUGUUGAAAACAGAUUCAACAGUCAGGAUUGGUUGGUAUCUUGGAUAUUGGGGGUUGUGAUUUAAUUAAGCUCGAGUCACUAUGUUGUGCGGCGAAUAUAUAUUUCUUGUUAACACCGUCAAUGGGGAUGUUGAGUGAAUAGCCAUCAAUUUGCUGGACGACAGCCAACAGAAAUAUUUAUUGCAUGGCAUUGCUUUGGUUCAUCAUCGUUCAUCCUUCUCAUUAAACAGUAAUAGAUUUGACUUUCGAGUACCAAUAAUAAACUGGGUGCAUUUUCUUCAAAAUUUACAGUUGCGGGGAGUCUUUUGCCCAACUCCGUUCCUUGGAUUGUUCGGAACAGUAAAUUUCCCUGAAGGAGGCCAGUAGACCCACACACUUAGGAAAAUUCUAACCCUUGUGGAGAUAGAAUGGCCACUGGUUACUCGUGGUGGCUGUAGCUCUCGGCUUGAGACUUGAGAGUUAUGCUGAAACUGUAUUUAUCAGAAUCCGUGCUGCUAUUAAAUUUCUGUGCCAGGGGUCUAUAAACCAGAUAAGCCAAAUGCUGAGGACGCGGGCAUGCUUGCGUUUGGGCUUGCUUUUGGGCACGGUCAGUGAAACUGCAUAAGAGCAAAUUUUUCUAAACUGGGUUUUGCACUGGUCUGAGUCAGGAUGGUCUCCUUGAACUUUCAUGGCGAUUGGGGAAGUCUGAUGGUUUGAAUUAUCAGUUAUGGGGUUGAGGUGAGAUGCGUGGUAAGGUGUUUGGGAAUUGGGUUGUGUCCGUAGAUGAUUGGAAGUUCAAGAACCGAGUAUCAGCAAUACCUUCAUGCUAGUCAGGUUUGGCUUUCUGGUUGCUGCUUCAAUUGCAGCCUAUGCAGUUAAGCAGAUUAAUGUCAAAAACUCAAGGUCAUCGGCAUCUUUAAUCAAGCCUGCAGCAAAUGGAGAAGCAAGCACUGAAAAUUGGAGCGAAGGGAAAGAUGAGGAGCAAGUUAGGUGCUCCAAGGAUGAAGUCGGACAACAGGAUAAAGAAGAGGAAGAGGAAGAGGAGAAAGAAGAAGUUAAAUUAAUUAGUGGGUUUAUAAACCCAGCUUUGAGCAAGAAAGCUCAUGUUGAAGAUGAAGAUAUCUUACCUGAAUUUGAAGACCUUCUAUCUGGAGAGAUUAAUUUCCCAUUGUCUAGUGACAAGUUUGACAUGGGCAACAAUUCUGAUGCAGAAAAAGACAAGGUUUAUGAAACUGAGAUGGAAAACAAUGCAAGUGAACUGGAACGAUUGCGCAUCCUGGUCAAGGAAUUGGAGGAAAGAGAAGUCAAGCUUGAAGGUGAACUGCUAGAGUAUUAUGGCUUGAAGGAGCAAGAAUCAAACAUUGCUGAGCUACAAAAGCAGCUCAGGAUCAAGACAAUUGAGAUUGACAUGCUCAAUAUUACCAUCAACACUUUGCAGGCUGAGAGGAAGAAGCUUCAAGAAGAGGUCUCACAAGGAGUUUCAGCGAGGAAAGAGCUAGAGGUGGCAAGGAAUAAGAUCAAGGAGCUACAGAGGCAGAUUCAGCUUGAAGCUAACCAGACUAAAGGCCAGUUAUUGUUGCUCAAACAACAAGUUUUAGGUCUUCAGGGAAAGGAGGAGGAAGCCAUCAAGAAUGAUGCUGAAGUUGAGAAGAAGCUUAAAGUUUUGAAGGAGUUAGAAGUUGAAGUUGUGGAGCUUAAGAGGAGGAACAAAGAGCUUCAGCAUGAGAAGAGAGAGUUGACAGUUAAACUGGAUACUGCUGAUGCUAGAGUUACAACUCUCUCCAGUAUGACAGAGAGUGAAAUGGUCGCCAAAGCCAGAGAGGAGGUCAAUAAUUUAAGGCAUGCAAAUGAAGACCUUUUAAAGCAAGUGGAAGGACUUCAGAUGAACAGGUUCAGUGAAGUUGAAGAGCUAGUGUACCUUCGUUGGGUCAAUGCAUGCUUGAGAUAUGAACUCCGGAACUAUCAGACACCUGCAGGAAAGAUAUCAGCUCGUGAUCUAAACAAAAAUUUGAGCCCCAGAUCACAGGAGAAGGCUAAACAGCUGAUGUUAGAAUAUGCAGGAUCAGAACGUGGUCUGGGUGAUACUGAUGUUGAAAGCAAUUUCUCUCAUCCAUCCUCCCCUGGAAGUGAGGAUUUUGACAAUGCUUCUAUGGAUAGUUCAACCAGUAGAUACAGUAGUGUCAGUAAAAAACCUAGCUUAAUCCAAAAGCUGAGGAAAUGGGGCAAAAGUAAAGAUGAUUCAAGUUUUCUUUCAUCACCAGCCAGAUCCAUCAGUGGGGGUUCUCCAAGUGGGACUAGCAUAAGCAAUCGAUCAAGGGGUCCCUUGGAAGCCCUUAUGUUACGAAAUGCAAGCGAUGGUGUAGCCAUCACCACAUAUGGGAUGAUGGAGCAGCAGCCUUCUGAAUCUCCUGAAACUCCAAAUCUCCCCCACCUAAGAACGCAAACUUUUUCCAGUGACUCCUUGAAUAAUGUUUCAGCAUCAUUCCAACUGAUGUCUAAAUCGGUUGAAGGAGUUUUGGAUGAAAAGUAUCCAGCAUACAAGGACCGGCAUAAGUUGGCCCUGGAGAGGGAGAAGCAAAUUAAGCAAAGGGCAGAGCAAGCAAGGGCGCAGAAGUAUGGGGACAACUCAAAUUUGAAUUUGAAUUAUGAAUCGAGAGCAAAGGCUGAGAGAGAGAAAUCUGCAAGUUUGCCACAAAAACUUGCUCAGAUUAGGGAGAAGGUUGUAGUUUCCGGUGAUUCAGUUAACGAAUCCAAUGACAGUAAGGUAACUGAUUCACAAGCGGUGAGCAAGAUGAAACUUGGCGAAAUUGAGAAGAGACCUCCCAGAGUGCCUCGGCCGCCUCCUAAAUCAUCUGGAGGUGCUCCUAACUAUGUGAAUUUUAAUCCUUCAAGUGGAGUUCCACAUACUACGUCUCAACCUCCUCCUCCACCAGGUCCUCCGCCUCCACCCCCUCCGCCUGGUGGACCACCUCGCCCACCUCCUCUGCCAGGAAGUGUGCCAAGAGGCAUGGGUAGUGGUGAUAAGGUUCACAGGGCUCCUGAACUAGUUGAAUUCUAUCAGACACUAAUGAAACGUGAGGUGAAAAAAGAUGCACCUUCCUUAAUUUCAUCAAAAACUAAUGCAGCAGAUAUUAAGAGCAACAUGAUUGGGGAGAUUGAGAACAGAUCAUCAUUCCUAUUAGCUGUGAAAGCUGAUGUUGAAACGCAAGGUGAUUUUGUCCAGUCACUGGCAACUGAAGUCCGAGCAGCCUCCUUUACAAACAUAGAAGAUCUGGUGGCAUUUGUCAACUGGCUAGAUGAAGAACUCUCAUUCCUGGUUGAUGAGCGGGCAGUUCUGAAGCACUUUGAUUGGCCAGAAGGAAAAGCAGAUGCAUUAAGGGAGGCAGCCUUUGAAUAUCAGGACCUGGUGAAAUUGGAGAAGCGAGUAACCUCUUUUGCUGAUGAUCCGAAACUCUCAUGUGAAGCUGCUUUGAAGAAAAUGUACUCAUUGCUUGAAAAAGUGGAACAGAGUGUGUAUGCACUCUUGCGCACACGGGACAUGGCUGUUUCACGAUGUAGGGAGUUCGGAAUUCCUGUAGAUUGGUUAUUAGAUUCAGGAGUUGUCGGCAAGAUCAAGCUCUCAUCUGUACAAUUAGCAAAGAAGUACAUGAAGCGCGUCGCAUCAGAACUCGAUGUGUUGAAUGGACCUGAGAAGGAGCCAAACAGAGAAUUUUUGGUUCUGCAAGGAGUGCGGUUUGCUUUCCGAGUUCACCAGUUUGCAGGAGGCUUCGAUGCAGAAAGCAUGAAGGCUUUCGAGGAACUGAGGAGCAGAGUCCACACACAAACAGGGGAAGACAAGCGUAUAGACGCAUGAGCGGCCCCCCCUCCACCUUUUUCAAAUACCUUCUUCCUUUCAUUUUCUGUUGUAUAUUUAUCUUGUUUGUUAUUUUGAGGCCAACAUAUUUUAUACCGGUUACUGUACCAUCAAUUCUGCCGCUCAAGGGGAAAGAGGCAAUUAAACAGAUUAUACUUCGCAACCAUUGUGACAUAAUAUAUCCUUGGAAAUUAUUUA